AUGGACGUCUAUGUGCCCGUGAUCGAGAAUCUUGAGGCCGCCAUGAUCACAGCACGUAAUGCCAUGCUUGACAAAGGCUGGUCACCUGACCCCAAGUGCUAUGAUGAGCGCCGCUUCGCCACUCGUCGCCAUCCUCCAGCAGGCACAAAGUGCCACGCUCAUUCUGCCAAGGAAGAAGAAGGGGUGAGUGAGAGUGAGACUGAGGGCACGACCCCUGAUGGUGAGGACGAGCCCCUGCCCAGGCAGAAGGCUUUGCGUAAAAGGUCGAAAUUUCGACGCAAGUAUCGCAUGACGUCAGCAACCGCGCCACGAAGGCAGGGCGGCAAGAAAGAAGGGCAACACAUCAAGAUCAACACGGCACUCUGGAGUGACUGA